GAACUGAUGCUCUUGGCCAUGACGCUCCCCCAACUGCUGUCUGCUCGGGCCCAGCCUGUGUGACUGUACCAUCACUGCUCCAGCUGUUUCGUGUCACCCGUUCCCUUUACUGAACAGUUUGAUGGGGCAUCGGGCGGAUGACAGCGGGAACGGUUGUGAUCACUGGCGGAAUCCUAGCUACGGUGAUCCUGCUCUGCAUCAUCGCUGUCCUGUGCUACUGUCGGCUCCAGUAUUACUGCUGCAAGAAGAGUGGAGCCGAGGAUGCAGAUGAGGAGGAGGAGGAGGAACACAACCUCUCCACAUACCCCAGAGGCCCCACCUGCAAUGCCUGCAGCUCCCAAGCCCUGGACGGCCGAGGCAGCCUGGCACCUCUUGCUGGCACCAGCGAGCCCUGCAGCCAGCCAUGUGGGGUGGCAGGCAGCCACUGCACCACCUGCACCCCAUACAGCUCCCCCUUUUACAUACGGACGGCUGACAUGGUGCCCAACGGGGGAGGAGGCGAGAGGCUCUCCUUCUCUCCCAUGUACUACAAGGAGGGGGGACCCCUGCCACUCAAAAUGGCAGUGCCCCAGAGUUACCCGGUGACCUGGCCAGGCUCUGGGCACGAGGCUUUCACCAAUCCAAGGGCUAUUAGUACAGACGUGUAA